AUGGAGAUGACUGAAGAUAUAACCGAAGCAAUGACAACAAAUUUAAACUUGAUGUUGGCUCCUGAGGAUGUUCCCGAAGACAUACGAAACAGCCUACCGAGGUAUACGGUAAUAUACAUAUUUCACGUCAUCAUCGGCAUCACCGGUGUUCUUGGCAAUGGUUUCGUCCUGAUUGUCCUCUUAAAUACACGUGACAUGUGGGAUGCUACCAAUCUCCUGAUUGCCAACCAAAGCCUCAUUGAUUUCUUCGGUUCUCUCUCCGUCAUCGUUUUCGACGUCGUCAGUGUACCGUCGUUCGAGACUGCUGGUCCCGCACUGGCAAGAUAUCUCUAUUUCUUUUGGUACACCCAUUAUUUCGUUUGGUCCCUCAAUUACGCCUCCAUCUUCAACUUGGUCUUCAUCAGUUUUGAGCGAUUCUACGCAGUCAGGUACCCAAUCAGAUAUCGAAGCAAAAUCACCGUCAAGCCAGCAAUAGUAGCAUCUACCCUAGCUUGGAUUGCGGGUUUGGGAUGGAGUUGGUUCCUACCCGCAUCUUCACGCCUUGAGAAUGGAAUAUGUCGGAGGCCGGUCUGGCCAACUGAGGACACUGCAGCAGUUGUAUCCGGACUAACAAUCCUCGUUCUGUACGUUUUUCCUCUCAUCAUCAUGAUUACAAUCUACACAUACAUAGGGCAUGUUCUAAAGAGAGGUAGCGCCACUCGGAGGUUUCAGGACCAGGGUGCAGGACCACAAGCAGGCGCUGCAGGUAGCUACCGAGAGAUCGCCCGGAGGAAGGUCAUGACAACCAUGAUCAUUGUCACGGUGACGUCAUUGCUUUGUUGGACACCUUCCAAUCUCCUGUACGUAUCUUACGCUUUUGGUGCUAACAUCAAUUUAACUGGCAUCGAGAAUGCGACCGUUCAGUGCAUUCAUUUCGCUAAUAGUUGCAUUAAUCCUUUCAUAUACACUUUCAAGUACCAGAAGUUUCAGGAUGGUCUCCGGCGACUGUUAAGGCUUCGAGAUUCAAAAUUCCCGACAGGAGCAGAGAAAGUUGACGUCAAAACGAAUACUACCAACUUGGCUUAG